UGCACAAGCAGAGAGGCGGAGACGUGCGGAGACGCCUACUUUGCUGUUCCGCCGGUUUCACUCAUGACACUCAUUCUUUAUUCUCUGCUCUGCCUUGUCCAGUCUGCUAAAAAAUCACGAAGCGAAAAGGAGUGAGGAUUGCCAAAAGGCCAAGAAGUGCUCACAAUCAGGAGUGCUUUCCAAACGUAUAAAUACAACAACUACAUACAUACUGAUAAGAUAAUCAAUAGGAGGAAGGAAAAUGUUCAAAAGGAAACUUGCUGCAUUGGAUUAUCAAUCUGAGGAACCCUUUGACUGUGAAGACGAGAAGCAGUUCCGGACACUGGUGCUUUGGUUGGAAGAACAAAAAAUAAGGCACUUCAGAAUUGAGGAUCGUGAUCCGUUGAGGGUUACUCAUUCGCCAGAGUGGGAAAAGGGCUAUCAGCAGUACAAGAAUAACCUAGGAUGCCCAAUUAGCUCAGGCAAACGAAAGGAAGAGGUGGAUUGGCUGCUCUCCUAUGCUAUCCGCCUUGAAUACGCAGAUGAAGUUGAGAAAUACAAGGAUGUGAAGAAGACUCCCACUAGUCAAUCCAAUCCACUAGAGUCAAUUGAUAUCAAUUCUGAAGACUUUAAAGGAGGAGUCUUUAAAUUGGCGAAAAUGCUGAAUGUCGCUUCUCAUCCCGACCAUCUUUUGACUCUGAGUGCAAUCAGCAAGUUAGUUAUUUCUAGGCUAAACCCAGACGCAAUCUCAAAUCCAGAAACCGUCAUUAUCAAGGGCGUUGAAUGUCCUUUAAAUCACGCAGACAUUGGGUUGGAGGAGAUUGGUGACCCAACAAUCGGGCAGGCUGUCCAAAUAAUGAGGUUGCUAUAUCUAAAAGACCUUCGACACCUUCAGACCAGCAUCAAUGAAACAAUAGUUGCCCUUCAAGGAUUUACAGCAGAUCCAAAGACUAACAUUGCCAUGGGUAAAGUUGGCUACUAAAAAUUGCCUAAGCCCAUAAAACAUUCGUUACUUAAAUAAAGAUUUCCUCUUGA